AGCACCCAGGGUCACAAAGUAAUAUUUUUAAACUUUAUUUAUUGUAGUGUUUUAUUAUAUGUUAUUUAACUUCCGUUAUUUACCAUAUUAGGUGUUUUAAUUCACUUGAUUUAUUUACACUGAACCUUAAGAGGAACGUUUGUUUCCGCGAGUGUUCCUACCCGGACCCGUUUUACAGACACACCGUUGUCAUGGCUUCUCUUUGGCAUCAACAUGCAAACGACGCUAACAACAGCAACACUGCUCAGAACAAAUAUAUCUAACGUCACAGUUUGUGUUCUGACGUGUUGACCAGAGCCGUAUAAGAGUGAAAAUAUACCAUAGGAGGAGGUGGCGUCAUCGAGGCGGGAGCUAACUGACGCUUCCUGAAGCUAACUGACGCUUACUGGAGCUAACUGAAGCUAACUGACGCUUACUGGAGCUAACUGACACUUACUGAAGCUAACUGACACUUGCUGAAGCUAACUGACACUUGCUGAAGCUAGCUGACACUUGCUGAAGCUAGCUGACACUUACUGAAGCUAACUGACGCUUACUGAAGCUAGCUGACACUUACUGAAGCUAGCUGACACUUACUGAAGCUAACUGACGCUUACUGAAGCUAACUGACGCUUACUGAAGCUAACUGACGCUUACUGAAGCUAGCUGACACUUGCUGAAGCUAGCUGACGCUUACUGAAGCUAACUGACGCUUACUGAAGCUAACUGACGCUUACUGAAGCUAACUGACGCUUACUGAAGCUAACUGACGCUUACUGAAGCUAACUGACGCUUACUGAAGCUAACUGACACUUACUGAAGCUAGCUGACGCUUACUGAAGCUAACUGACGCUUACUGAAGCUAACUGACGCUUACUGAAGCUAACUGACGCUUACUGAAGCUAACUGACACUUACUGAAGCUAACUGACACUUACUGAAGCUAACUGAAGCUAACUGAAGCUUACUGACGCUAACAAUACUUACUGACUAACUGACGCUAACUGACCCUAACGAUACUCACUGACUCUAACUGAGUGUCAGUGGUUCAGCACCGACAGGAGCCCCCCCUGCAGAGACAGCAGCUGAUCAGGCUGAAGACCUCUUCCCUGCAGCUUCACCAUGACCAACAUACCUGCAGCAUGUCCGUCUGUGGAGCCACUGUAGACCCGACCCCUGGUCCUCCUGCUGCUGGUCUGGGGCGCCCCCCCCUGGCAGAAAAGGCCCUGUCGGAGGCCUUCCCGCAGGUUCGGUACCGGGACACCUCCCUGCUGAUCUGGCAGCAGCAGCAGCAGAACUUGCAGGCCGCCCCCCCCCCGACCUACCUGAGCCGCAGCCAGUCGACCUGGUACAGCAGCUUCGGGAACCAGGCCGUGGUGGUCCGGGACAGGAAGGACCUGCAGGAGGGCAGCUCCAGGAUCUGCAGCCUCAUGUAAAGGCCUGAACGCACCACGCUCUGAUCUUAGACUGAGAGCCCGUGCUUCUCCGGGGGGGGAUGUAAUGUUUCUGUAUUCAAACAUCAGGUCCACUUCAUCUUGAUCCUCUUCCUGUAGUGCUGUUAGUGCAUGUCAAUGGUCUCAGUGCCUGAAAUCCCAUGUUCCUUCGAACUCUAUGUUUAUAAAGAUAAUGACAAUGGCCCAAUUCCCACCCACACCGACCCACUCCGUGAUGGAGUGAGCUGCGUCUGUAGUUCCGCUCGCAGCUGAAACAGGAAACGCUGUAACAACGGUUUCAGAUCCGCAUCUGUUGGAUAACAAAUCAAAUAAAACUCAAACAGUC